UGCCCGCCCUGCGCCGGGGCGGGGCGCUGGGGGCCCAUGGACGGCGCGGGGCGGCUGCAGCGGUGGCUCAAUGAAGCCACCGACCCGAGCGUCCCCGGGGAGAAGUGGGAGAGCAUCCAGCGGUUCUGCGAGCAGGUGGAGGCGGACGCGGCCGGCCCAUCGCUUGCACCGAGGCUGCUGGCGCAUAAAAUACAAUCGCCCCAAGAGACGGAAGCUCUCCAUGCUCUGACAGUGCUGGAGACGUGUGUGAAUAACUGCGGUGAGAAAUUUCACAAUGAAAUAGCAAAAUUCAGGUUUCUGAAUGAGCUGAUUAAAGUGCUUUCCCCAAAGUACUAUGGAACCUGGUCUUCAGAAAAAGUCAAGUCAAGAGUCACAGAAGUAAUAUUCAGUUGGACGGUCUGGUUUCCUCAGGAAGUUAAAAUCCGGGAUGCUUAUCAGAUGCUGAAGAAACAAGGGAUUGUAAAAGAAGACCCCAAAUUGCCAGAAGACAAAAUUUUACCUCCUCCUUCUCCAAGACCUCAGAAUUCUAUUUUUGACACAGAUGAAGAGAAAUCCAAGCUGUUAGCAAGGCUUUUGAAGAGCAGCCACUCUGAAGACUUGCAGGCUGCCAACCGUCUGAUCAAGAGCAUGAUUAAAGAGGAACAAGAAAAGUCAGCCAAGGUGUCCAAAAGAGUGAAUACAAUCGGUGAGGUUUCCGAGAAUGUUAAACAAAUGGAUGAAUUGCUGGAAAAUUACAAGAGACAAGAAUUAUCCAAAUCUGACCAUGAGACACUCCAGAACCUGUUUCAACGCUGUGAGAAGCUCAGGCCGCUGCUCUUUCGCCUUGCCAGUGAGACAGUUGAUGACGAUGAUGCUCUAGCCGAGAUACUGCAGGCCAACGACAAGCUCACACAGGCGCUGGGACGGUGCAGGCAGGUUGUAGCCAACCAUGAAGAUGAUGGUGGAGGAGGUUCAGUCACCGGCUUCUCUGAUGCACCAGCAUGUCGGCCAGCCCCAAGACGGAUGAAGAGCUAUACGUUGAUUGACUUCUCUGAACUGGAGGCGACCUGCCAGUCUCCUACGGACCAAUUUUCAGACAUAACCACUGCCUCCCGACACAGCAGCACCACCUCCAGUUGUCUGCUGGAGGAGGAGUUAAUAGGACUCAGCAACUCUCCUGUUUUACAGAAACCACCACCUGACUUUGGAGUGGCAGAGGUUAGUGAUCCUCAGACUGGUGUACACAAUGGAUAUAGUGAAAUUGUAAGUGCUGUUGAAACACUGGAACUGAAGGAGAGCUGGGAAGACAGGUCUUCAUUGAAGAAUGAAUUUCAGGGCCUGGCUGAUCAGUUCUCUCCACCUCCCAGGACCAAGACAUUAUCCUUGGAUUUGUCACCAAUGAAAUUGUCCUUUCCAGAUCUUCCAAAUAGCUCAAUGGCAGAUCCUUCAUUCUCCAGCCUAGGCUACGAGCAGAAGCCUGCUGCCUCUUUGCAUCCAGCUUCCAAUGAUGUUUCUCUAGCAAACCUUUUUGUCCCUUUAAUUUCAAUUACACCGAGCGAUAUCUGUCCCCUUACAGUGUAUGACAGGAACGGUUUCAAGGCUAUGCUCCACUUCUCCAGAGACCCAGCUCCUGGCAGACCAGAUGUGCUGGUGAUGGUUCUCUCCAUGCUGAGCACAUCGGCUCAGCCAAUUAAGGACAUAGUGUUCCAGGCUGCAGUCCCAAAGACUAUGAAAAUAAAGUUGCAACCAGCAUCCGGAUCUGAGCUUCCAGCCUUCAGCCCUCUUCUUCCCCCAGCAGUGGUGUCCCAGGUCCUGCUGCUUGCCAAUCCACACAAAGUUCCCAUCCGCCUAAGGUACAAGCUAACAUUCACGCAAGGCGAGCAGCCCCUCAGCGAGGUGGGAGAGGUGACCAGCUUCCCAGAAGCAGAGCUGUGGGGCAAAAGCUGAACUUCGUCUGGCUCGGACAUUGCCACGUUGCCUUGGGGAUGAUGGCGAGGGUGGGAGCUGGGGGACCAUGUGCCAGGAGUGCCCGCCUGGCCUGGGCAACGGCUCCUUUCCUCAGGAUCUGUUGUCUCCUUCCUUCUGGUUUCUGUGCGGGUGUCUGGCAGGAGUGCACCUGGCUGCUUCUGCCAUGGCCUUUCUGUCGCUGCCCCUGCUUUGCAGCUGCCUGUUGUGUAGGGCCCUGAGCGCCCGCAGGCUUCCUCUGUACCGCGUUCUCUGCUCUUCUCCGGGCCCCCUUUCCCAUUAUGUGCUUUUUCUGGUUUAAAAAAUACACGUACCAGCGCUCA